UUCAAAAGAGUAAAACCCAUACAAAACUCUUGCUCACCCUACCUUUAUGCAAAUCACCGCCGAUGAAGUUCCCAAACCACGUUAUACAAAGGAGCCACCACGGCUGCAGGACCUUCGUGGACGGUUCCGCCGCCUCCACCGCCAUCAAAUUCGUCCGAGACCGCGGCCUAGACCAUGCAGUGGAGCGAGAAAAGAAUCUUCACCCACUCCUAAACGUCAAAAACCUCAUAAAAUCGGAGCCAUCAAAGUCCCUUCCCAUCUCCAUAAUCUCUCAGCACAAAGAUUUACUCAAAAUCCCUUAUCGCCCCAUCGAAUUCAUCCGCAAGUACCCUUCGGUAUUCCACGAAUUCCUCCCCGGCGGAAUCGCGACCCACCCCCAUAUCAAGCUUACACAAGAAGUGCUCGACGUCGAUGUCGACGAGCAUUUGGUUUACGAGAGUGUUUCCUACAGGCAAUUAGUAGCUGACAGGCUUUUGAAACUGCUGAUGAUAUCGAGAAUGAACAAAAUCCCCAUCAGCAUCCUCAAUAAACUGAAAUGGGAUCUGGGUCUUCCUCAAAAUUACUUGAAAACCCUCGUCCCGGAAUUCCCCGAUUAUUUUCGGGUUGUGGGGGCGGAUGAAUCUGGUCAAUUAGAGUUGGUUUGCUGGAGUAAGGAGUUGGCUGUUUCGGUUCUUGAAAAGAAGGCCAUGGAAGGAGGUUAUGGGUAUUCAAUGGGGAUGCCUUUAGCAUUUCCAGUGAAGUUUUCGCCCGGAUUCGAGAUGGAUAAGAAGGUGAAAAAAUGGUGGGACGAUUGGCAGAAAUUGCCUUACGUUUCACCAUAUGAGAAUGCUCUUCUUCUUUCACCUAAAACUGAUGAAUCCGAUAAGUGGUCAGCUGCUGUUUUGCAUGAAAUUAUGAAUCUUUUUGUCUCGAAAAAGGCCGAGAGGGAUGAUGUGCUGUGUCUUGGGGAGUAUUUGGGCAUAAGGUCGAGGUUCAAGAGAGUUUUGCUUCAGCAUCCAUUCAUUUUUUACUUGUCUAGUAAGAUUGGAACUUAUACAGUUGUUUUGAAAGAGGCAUAUAAAAGGGGACUGUUGAUUGAGAGUAAUCCAUUGAUGAAUAUCCGGAAUCGAUAUCUUCAUCUUAUGCGCACUGUUAAAGACCAUGAUAAGGACCUUUCUGUGUCGUCUGGAAGCAGUCGCGAAAAGAAAGCAUCUAGCAAUGCACCCAGAAAGGAAGCUGCUGCUGAUGAUAGUGAAGAGGAGAAAAAUGGAAUUUCAAAUGCUUUUUCUGGUUCAGAAACUGAGCCUGGUGAUAACAAUGAUGAAGAGGAUCGAUUCGAGGGCGGCAGGCAAGCUUCUCGUGAAGCUGUGGCUGUUAGUAAUGGAAGAACAACAAGAAGUAAGAGAAGGAAUGUGGACUUGAAAGCUCAUUUGCGCGAUGGUGUAGGUGAAAAAAAAAUGAAAAAGAAGCAUGGUAGGACUAAUCCCAAAGUUCCACUUGAAGCAAAUGCUUCUGGUAAUGUCCAUAGGAGAACUCAACAGAGGUCUUCAAAUUCACAUCAGAAACAGUAGGCGAAUUGUCGGAAUUGAAUUUUAUUUAACCUUUAGGACUGAUUUGGUGCUUGCUCUGAUUCUUUUGGUAUUAAUUGUGAGAACUACAGGAAGGUUUUUUGUUGGUAU